UGCCAGAGCAGACUCAGAUAUUAUGGACUUCCAGUUAUGGCUCUCCACAAAGUGAUCUGUGCGGCAACCCUGCUGACUUUCUUCAAUCAAGAGUGUCUCGGACAGCUUGAUGUGUGUGGGAAACCGCCACUCAACAACAGGAUUGUUGGAGGACAGGUGGCUCCUCAAGGCAGCUGGCCAUGGCAGGUCAGUCUGCACCGAUCUGGGUUUCACUUCUGUGGAGGGUCCCUCAUUAACAACCAGUGGGUGAUGUCUGCUGCUCACUGCUUCCAACGCACUGCUGCCAGCAGUCUGCUGGUGUAUCUGGGCCGACAGAGUCAGGAGGGAACCAACUCCAACGAAGUGUCCAGGUCGGUAAUGGAAAUCAUUGUCCACCCUGACUACAACGCUGUUACUAGUGACAACGACAUCGCACUCCUGAAACUGUCCUCAACUGUGACUUUCACCAACUUCAUCCUGCCCGUGUGCCUGGCGGCCCCGGGCAGCACCUUCUUCAGCGGCAUCGACGCCUGGGUUACCGGCUGGGGCACCAUUGGAAGUGGAGUGCCCCUUCCUUCCCCUCAAAACCUUAUGGAGGUGGAGGUGCCAAUAGUGGGCAACAGAAGAUGUAACUGUAACUAUGGAGUGGGUAGUAUCACAGACAACAUGAUCUGCGCCGGGUUAGAGGCUGGAGGAAGGGACUCCUGUCAGGGGGAUUCAGGAGGUCCGCUGGUGAGCAAGCAGAACGGCGUCUGGAUCUUAGAGGGGGUUGUAAGUUUUGGAGCUGGAUGUGCUCUGCCUAAUUUUCCAGGAGUAUACACCCGAGUGUCCCAGUACCAGUUGUGGAUCAACAGUCACAUCACCAGCAACCAGCCGGGCUACAUCGUCUUCACAUCCACUGGGACUAACAGUGACCUGAGUGUCACCUGUCCUGGCCUGCCACCAGCACCAACCACUAUCCCUCCCGUAGCCCCUGUGGUCUGUGGUCAAGCUUCGUUGAAUUCUCGUAUAAUGGGAGGUAGCUCAGUCACACAGGCUGGUGUGUGGCCGUGGAUGGCGAGCCUGCAGAAGAAUGGAAGCCAUGUGUGUGGUGGGACUUUGGUUGCCUUGGAUUCUGUGUUGAGCAACGCCAACUGCUUCUCAAGUUCCCCCACGCCAUCUGAAUGGACCGUCGUUUUGGGUCGUUUGAAACAGAAUGGAUCCAACCCUUUUGAGGUGACACUGAAUGUGACAAAUAUCACCCUGAGCAACCUCAGUGGGUCAAAUGUAGCAGUGCUGCAACUGUCAACCAAACCCACCCUGUCAGUCUAUAUCCAGCCCAUCUGUCUGGACAACGGACAGACCUUCUCAGAGGGCUCAACCUGCUGGGCUGCCGGCUGGAGCUCUGGCCGUGGUGGGGAGGAACAAGUUCUGCAGGAAUUACAGACCUCAAUCGUGAAUUGUGGAAACACGUCAUCAAGUGACACGAUUUGUACAGCAUCACUCACACUGGAGCAGGGGGAUUCUGGCGGUCCUCUCAUGUGUAAGCUGGAUGGGUCCUGGUUCCAGGCGUCCGUGUUGUCAUUUGAAAAUAACUCAAGCACCCGAGGUCGAGUAGUGAAAGCAGAUCUAAUGGUCUUUACCAAACUGAGCACCUUUCAGGCAUUCUUGACAUCGACGAUAGGAACGUUCUUAUCUCCAGCUUCCAACAGCACCACAGCUUCCAACAGCACUACAGCUUCCCCCAGCAUGACAACUGCCAGCGGUGUGGAUUGCCCCGCUCACUCGUCCCUCUUCGUCCUUUUGCAUCUCCUCGUCUUAUCAGUGUGUCUCCAACUCUUGGCAUAGAAACCUCCCACUCGUAAAAGGGAUUUACAUGAUGUGACUCGCACAGAUGAAUGUAAGCAAACUUGAAUUUGAGAGACAUUUGUUCGCAUAAAACUGCAUGACGUUUUUUUUGUAUGUACUAUGUACUGUGAUUGGUACAAAGCUAAUGUUUGGUUUAAUGUUUGCCAAAGGUAAUUGGCAGGGGCAAACUGAGGAAGUUAAAACUAUAUUAUUAUUUUAUUAUCUAGAAAAAUCUGUGUUUCUAUGUUGAGGGAGAUUUAAAGUCAUCUUUGAAUUACUAUAGUUUUAAAUAUGAAUUUACUCUUGACUGUAUAUCAGAAGUUAGCAUGUUUUUAAGCCGGGGUUCUUAGAACGCCAUUUUGGUGGUUUUUGGAGAGUGACAAUAGGAAAAACAGUUUGAGUCUGAGAGGACUGAGUGGUUAGCAAAUGCUAAGCUAUCAGGUUAGCUUGGAUGGCUUAAAGAUGUAAAUCACAGAAGAUAUAAGUGACUAAAAUAUAUUCUGGGUUCAUGGGAAAUUAGAACAAAAUGUAUUUGACAAUGACAUGAACAGCAGACUCUUCAGGGGUUCUUCGUGCAGUAAGAACAUUACUGCACUGGUUGUCAUGGUGAUUACUUAAUCAUAAUUUAGCAAUGCCCUAAAAAUACCCUGUUCCAAGUUGUUUUUAAUCCAAACAGCACCAUUAUUUAAAUGAACAUCAUGAUAUGUUGAAGAAGACCUGAAACUCUGAUAAUGAAACCAGGAGCUCAUCAGGAAAAUGUUUACUAUAGCCGUACAUUUAUGAAGAAUUUUUUUCUCACAUAUAUUUUGUUUACAAAUGGGCUUGGAGUCACUCCCUGCUGGACUUCUGCAAAGGCGUAAUUCUGCAUCAAGACUUAAGUUCACUUCUUAUAUAUAGAAGAUGGAAAGCACUUCAGGAAAGCACUUCUACUACUUAUAGUACUACUUUAUUUCUCUAUAGCCUGCGAGAAAACGUGAUUCAUCCUGGUCACUGUUCUCACUGGCUUGACUUUCUUUUGUUUCUAGAGAGGAGAUUAUCGGUGCUGGCUUCUCUGAGUCUUGA